CGUGAGCUAAACCGGAUGCAGUUCCGAGCUCGGAUCUGCAUCCGGAACGUCUGUAUGACGUCAUAUGCGGAAGUAAACGGGUCCAAAGAGCUCUUCCGCCGCAGCUCCUGCUCCGAGAUGGCGGCUCCGAAGCCGAGGCAGACGUUCCGCAGCCCGGCGAUCCCCUUUGCUGGGACCAUCCUGGGGGGUCUGCUGCCGGGGGAGAUGGUUCUGGUCCAGGGCUCGGUUCUGUCUGAUGCCGACAGGUUCCAGGUGGACCUCACCUGCGGCAGCAGCGUGGAGCCGAGGGCCGACGUGGCGCUGCACUUCAACCCGAGGUUCAGGACCCCGUGUGUGGUCCUCAACGCGCUGCAGGGGGGCCACUGGGGCCGGGAGCAGGUCCUGGACCAGAACCCCUUCAGGGCCGGGGAGCCCUUCGAGCUCGUAAUCCUGGUCCUGAAGGACUCGUUCAAGGUGGCCCUGAACGGGGCCCACCUGGUGGUCUUCCCCCAGCGCGUGGCCCUGCGCCGCGUGGACACGCUCUGCGUCUCCGGGGCGGUCCGGGUCCAGGUGGCGGCGGUCCUGCCGAGCCGGAGCGACGUUUCUCCUACGGCAAGUCUGACCAAUCAGGAAGCUCCAAAGAUGAACCAGGAAGUCCCUCAGACGAGGAGGACGUCUGAUUGGUUCGAGAUGAAGCUCCGCCUCCUCCAGCUGAUCUCUGUUGUUCCUCCAGAGGAUUCCCUUCAGAGGCAUUGCCGGUUUGAUUCCCUGCAGAUGAUCAUCCUGUGUGAGGCCCAGCGGUUCAGGGUCUCCGUCAACGGCCUCCACCAGCUGGACUACAGGCACCGGGUCCAGGACCUGAACCGCAUCGGCCAGCUGGAGGUCCAGGGAGAUGUCAGGCUGCUGGACCUCCAGGUCCUCUGACCCAACCAGGACCCCUUCAGGGUGUUGACCCAACCAGAACCCCCUUGAGGGUCUAGACCCAAUCAGGGUCUAGACUUAAUUCGGGAUCCUCUUUAAAGUUCCAGUUGGACUUUUUGAUAAAAUAAAGUUCUGUGUCCCUGAACACAGCACAUGGUCUACA